AUGACUCGGUCCUCCUCACCAACCUCCUCCGCCGCCAACCUCUCCCUCAUCACGGCGACGUACGCGAAGGCGGUCACAUAUCUUGGCAUGGAGGAAAAGCGUCUCCGUCACACCGCUCGGCAGGCGACCCACGCCGCUCUCCACGUCGGCCUCACCGCCGGCCACGGCUCUUUCCCAAACCAUUCGGGGCCGCGCGCUCCCGCUCCUGCCCCGCCACCCGCGCCUGCGCCCUCCGGCGGCCGCAAGCAGAAGGGUCGCGGGGGCCGGGGCCACAACUCCAACCCGACGCCGCGCCCCCCUGCGCCCGCGGCGGCUGCACCUCCCCCGCCUUGGCUCUCGGGGUAUAACCCAUGUACGGGAGUAGUGCACGCCUACUCCAUGCCCGUCCCCCGCCCACCAGCUCCGGGCAUUCUCGGGCCACGACCGAGCACCCCUCAGGCGCUGCUGACCGCACCGGUCCCUGCCGCGUAUGGCACCGCCGCGGCCCACGGUGGCCCGUCGGCCUAUGGUGGUCCCUCGGCGUACGGCGGUGCACCGGGCUAUUGUGCAUAUGGUGGCACCCCUCCGGUCUACGACCCGGCGCUUCUCUCUGCUCUUCAUGCUACCCCCUCGCCGAGCGCCUACAACGGAGGCGGUGAUUGGUACAUGGACACCGGCGCCGCUGCUCACAUGGCCUCCAACCCCUGUUUCAUCGACAGCAGCUCCGACCUCGGAUGCUCCCACUCGACGGUCUCGGGGAGUCCUUGCGCUUCCUUCGUCGCGCCCGCCCUCUUCUUUGGCGGGCCCAUCAGGCCUCUCGGCGGGGCCUCCCUCGCCGGCUCAGGAGGAUGA